AACAGCGGAUGACGACGACCGUGUCACGGACUCCACCUCGCAACAGAUGAAUAACGAUACAUGGUGGUCACCAGAAUCAAGAGGAAGAGAAACUAACAACUACCGUGUUAUGUUUGACCGGCUCGCGGCGCCUCUCUUUCGCCGAGCAGCGUGAGCGGAGCCCCGGCCGUUAGCCCGACCGACCCGACCGACCCUCCCUCCUUCCCCGCUAUGGAUGUUCUACUGUGGAUGGCGCCGCUGAUGGUGCCGCUCGUGGUGGUGGUGCUGCUGUGGAGCAGCGGUCACACGCUGGUGUUUUAUUUCAAAAAGUGCUUCUACGUGGCCUGGAUGAUGGCGCUGGCGCUGUUGGCUAUCCCGCUGUGCGUGCUCAAAAGCGGCGGCAGGGACGUGGAGAACAUGAGAAUUAUCCGCUCCCUGGUUCGACACGUCAAGUAUUUCCUCGGCCUGCGAUUCGAAGUCAGCGGCUGGGAGCACCUGCAGACCCCGGGCCCCUACGUCGUCAUCUCCAACCACCAGAGCUCGCUCGACGUUUUGGGCCUGAUGGAGAUCCUGCCCGACCGUUGCACCAUGAUCGCCAAGAAGGAGCUGAUCUACGCCGGCACGGUGGGCCUCAUCUGCUGGCUGGGCGGCAUCGUCUUCAUCAACCGCAAGAAGACCAGCGACGCCAAGAGCGUCAUGGCCGACGCCGCCAAAACCAUGUUGAACGAGCAGAUCCGUCUGUGGGUGUUUCCGGAGGGAACGCGGAACCAGAGAGGAGACCUUUUGCCUUUCAAAAAAGGCGCAUUCCACCUGGCCGUGCAAGCGCAAGCGCCAAUCAUACCGGUGGUCUUCUCCUCGUACAGUAACUUCUACCUACGGAAAGAGAAGCAGUUCAAAUCGGGUAAGCGUUUCCGCACAAGUAUCUGUGCUUGUACUCGAGCACAGAGUGCGAGUACUUUUGCCACCUGUACCGUAGGGACCAUCCGGUUGAAGAUCCUUCCGAAGAUCGAGACCAAGGGCAUGACGUCCGAGGACGUGGCGUCCCUCGCCGACAAAUCCUUUGACGCGAUGCGAUCAGCCUUCCUGGACAUCUCUGGCUUGACGUGCGGCAACGGGCCCGUGAGGCACUGAGCGCCCGCCAGUCCGCCCGCCCGCCCGCCUUUUUGUCAACCUCGGCCUCUCCACGCCCACCGCCACGUUUAUCCCCCAUUACUCUCUGGCCAGGCAGCCGGUCCCGGUCCGGGACCCGGUUCCGGUCCGCGCAGUCCUGACCCUCGCGGUGUCUGCGAGCGGAGUGACGGACGGCGAGCCCAGCUGUACGGAUGUGCGUAAUUUUUUCGUGCAUGCCCUUUGCGCGUUCUUCGCUUUGGAUGCAUUUGUUUUGUUUUUUUAUUUUAAAUCCUCUCAUGUUGCCACUUUGUCGUGGUUAUUUUGGGACGAGGUGGACGUCCACACACCACUCUAAGUUCAUCUGGUGCGCCAACAAGUGGCGGUGACAGCGUUUGUUUAGCAGGCGCUCUCUGAUCUGGUGGGGUGACAAUAAAGAAACGAGACUGCACUUGUCGCGGUGCUCUCGCCAUUAUUCAAGCUAAUGUAUCAGAGCCACUAUGAAAAAAUACUUGUAAUGGAACUUUUUUUAUUAUUACUACUACGACAAGAAUAAAGAAUUUUGAGAAAAUGGCAGUAAAAUUUAAAUUUAACAGGCAAAUCGAAGGGAAAAUAUGACUUUAUUGUCAUUAUGAUUAGGAGUGUUUCUCAAAAUAUUAUGCCCUUUGUUGACUUUUUUUUCUAGCUAAAAUGCAACUUUAUUCACUUUCACUAUUAUGACUUGAUUUUAUUUUUUUCUUGUAUAAAUAAAUAUGACCAUUCUCAGACAAAGAUGACCUUUUCCUGGAAAAGAUGUGACUGUAUUAUUCCAACUUUUUGCUCAAAAUGUGACUAUUAUAAAACUACUGCUUUAUUCUUGUAAUAUUAUGCCCAUUUUUGACUUUUUUUCUGAAAGAAAUGACUGAAUUCUCUUAAUAUUGCACCCAUAGUCUUAAUUCUAAAAAAUUCUGACUUUAUUCUUCAAAAAAAAUGUUUUGACUUGUCCUGACUUCUUUUCUAAAAAACAAAUAUCUACUUAAAGUAUUUUUCUUGAAAAAUAUUCUCAUGUUUCGUCCU